AUGUCUUUCAGUGCGACUGGUGUACCAAAGCCACUACAAUCGCGACCCAAAAAAUCGCCUAUUCAACUACUCCGCUCGGCUUCUUCACCCUUUGGCAAUCAUCCGCGACGGAAAGCCGCGACCACACCGCAAGCUGGGGUCAAGAGAAGUCAGUCCGAGGCAAACCCCAGUAGCGAGCAACCUCUAGACAACACUGGCAUUGUUACGACAUUACCGCCACCGAAAGUACCACAAGAUGUGGUUAGCCUCAUUCGACACAUUCAACAGCACACAUGGACCGACAUACCAGAAAGAGCAGCGGGUAUGAACAGCACACGAAUAGCCGAAGUCCUCAACUUUCGAAAGAACAUGCCGCCAAUAGUCUCAAUAGCACAUCUACACGCAGUCUCUACCUCGACCACAGCGACUGAGCGCCAACUAGCAACCCUGAUCCACUCCGGCACCGUCAAGAAGAUAAACAUACCAGGAAGAGGAAAAGGUGGUUUUGCAAUUGGCGAAGGUGUCAUCCUAGUCGAGGAUUGGAUAAAUACCAUACAACAACACUCAGCUCUAUCUCAACAACUAAAACAGAAAUAUGCAAAAGUGCUGGAAGAGAAUACGUCCUCAUACACCGUACCAGCAAGCCUAUUCCAGCCAGAAGAAGUUCAAGAACUCAUAGCAGCUGGAUUUAUGACGUCUACAAGUGUACUCAGCGGCGACCUUUUCUCGCUUCCCGGCCAGGCAUCUUCUCCAGGCUCCUCAUCACUAGCAAACUCAUGGUCCACAGCAGCAACAGGAACCCUAGCAGCCACGGGAGGAGCCUCUGCAGUUCACCUCAACGGCGGCGGCGGCAAAGGACUAAACCUCACACCCUCAACCCCAAAAUCUCCCUCUCAACAACCACAAACCCUGACAUUCUCCCUUCCAUACACAGGAGCAUAUCUCCGUCUCGUAACAGAAGCACGGACACACCUCUUCUCUCUCCUCACAAAAUCAUCUCCAAAGUACAAAGAAAGCACGAGGGAAAUGUUGAGGGAGAGGUGGGAUGGAGGGAUACCGUUGGAAGACGCGCAGAGUAGAGCCAAGAGAGCUAGAGGCGAGUGGAAUGGUGUGCUGCCUGGCAAGACCAAAAAGUGGAAGGCGUUCUAUGGAGCGAGGUUUGAGUGGAUCCUCGAAGAAUGUUUGGGUAGUGGAGGGGUAGAGUGUUUCAGGACGGGGAGUGUUGGCUUGGGGGUCAGGGUUACUUGA